AUGCUGUUAGUCUCCGUAGGAUUGCUGAUAUGCUUUGUUGGAGCUUGGUCCAAGGAAGGACCCAAGGGUCCUGUUAGAAGAAUACUGAGAAAGAGAGAAGUCAACGAAAAUGAAGAAUUUCUAAACGCUCAUAAUGAAAUGAGAAGGAUCGUAAGUCCCUCGGCUACUAACAUGAGAGAAAUGAAAUGGAGUGAAGAACUUGCCACCGUUGCCUAUAACUAUGCCAGCCAGUGUGUCUUUAGACAUAACUCGGAAAGAUCAAGACAAUCGGCAACGUUUAAUUAUGUCGGAGAAAAUAUAUACAUUGGCACAUAUGGUUAUUCAGCAUCAUUCUCUGUUACCCUAUGGGAUAACGAAAAACAUGUUUACAAUUUUUCAUCAAACACUUGUACAGGGGUUUGUGGGCAUUAUACGCAGGUAGAUUCAGUUUAA